AUGAAGAGGGGCAACCGCCGCUCCAAGCAGACCGCCGACGCUUCCCCCGCCGCCUCCGCCGCCGCCGAAGAUACAGAGAAGCGAGUUCGCGAACUCGAAAUUCAAAACCAAGCCUUCCAGCAGAAGGAGGUUGAGGAGCUGAGAUGCAAGCUUGCAAAUGCUUCAUCUACUAGUGGUGUUGACAACAGUGCUCAGAAGCUCAGAGAAAAUUACCUUCAGAAGUUGACUUUCCUCGAAGAUCAGGUGGCGGUGUUGACGAGGAAGCUAGAUGCUCAAUCUCAACUCUCAACCCAAAGAAGAAGAGGGGACGAGUCUGCAAAGCCUUUCCAGUUUGAGAUUCAGAGAUUGAAGGCUCAGAAGGUUCAAAUGCAAUGUAAGAUGAAACUAGAAUCUGUGCAGUUCAGAUUGCACAAAGCUUUGCUGGACAAGGAAGUUCUUCAGCUCAAGAAAGAGAGUAGGAGGAAUAAACAUGAGAUGCAAAAGCUAUUGGCCUCCAAUCAAAGACUGAAGACGGUUUUACAUCGAAAGACUGAAGAAGCAUCUUUGGCUACUAAACAGCUGAGACGGCUCUUAGAAUCUCGCAAGGCUCUGUUGCUAAAAAGAGGUGGCAAAAAUGGGAAUAAUGCAGCAACUGAGCUGGUGCAGGAAAUUGACCAUGAGGCUGAAGUCACAGAGCAGUUGAAUGAGCUUUGUGGUGUAUAUGAACGUCAAAUAGAAGAGAUGGCUGAGGAGGCUGCAAAGCUUCAAGAUGAAGUAGAGGCACUGCAACAAGAAAAGUCGAGGUGCUCAUGCCAAGAGAAAGAGGUUGACAGCUUCGAGAACGAUUUAGAUAUAACAGACCUGAAGGCUCAAGUAGUCGGCCUCAGUAGCAUGGUUGAAAAAUUAAGGUUGAACAAGGCAGAGCUUGAUUAUGCGAAGCCUAAGGACGUUAGGAAUCAGCAUACUGCAUCUGUUGGGAGUAGUACUUACAAGUCGGCGGAGGACAUUAGUCCUUCUGCAUCAGAAAAUUCCACAGUUGAAACAACUAAAGCUGCAUCUCCAGUUUGCUGCUCAUGCACUAAGAGUUCUUUGUGCAAGACAAUGAAAUGCAAAUGUCGAUCCAAGGGUGGGAGCUGUGGGGCCUCAUGUGGCUGCGCAGCGUCUAAGUGCAGCAAUAGGAUAGCAGUCCCGAUCAAGUCGAGUGACUCGCCACUAUCAGAGAUUGCUAAUGGCGUUCUGAAUAGUUCAAACAGCAGUGAAACGGUGAAGAGUAACACAGAGGCUUCUGAAGGUGCAAUGCUACUUCAGAGUGCACUAGUUCAGAAGCCUGCUGAACCGAAAGAGAACUUUGGAGCAAGAAAGAAACCCUUAACUGAAAUUGGGAACAUAUUGGUGAGUACAAAUGCUGCCAAACCGGCCCCAAGAAAAAGGGGAAGAAAUCCAGCGAUUCAACUAGUUACUGUAGACCCAAAUUCCUCAAUGCCAGUAAAUGUGGAAGGCGUGAAGGAAGCAGAAGGACAUGACAAAUAA